UUAAUGAUGUUUUAGUGGACAGAAAUGAGAGUAAUGAAUGUUUUCUUCUCUAUCUCUCUCAGUUUGGAGAUUUCCUGUUUGAAGAGGAGGUCGAACAGUGUGCUGACCUGUGUCAAAGAGUUCUCCAUCACUGCAGCAGCAGCAUAGAUACUACACGAACUCAAGCUUGUGCCACACUUUAUCUCCUCAUGAGAUACAGCUUCAGCUCUACCAGUAAUUUUGCAAGAGUGAAGAUGCAAGUGACCAUGUCACUAGCCUCCCUGGUUGGAAAAUCACCGGAGUUUAAUGAGGAAUUCCUUCGACGGUCCUUACGAACCAUCCUAGCCUAUGCAGAGGAAGAUGCAGAUAUGCAAGCAACUCCAUUUCCCGUUCAGGUAGAGGAGCUGCUGUGUAAUCUAAACAGCAUCCUGUCAGAUACAGUGAAAAUGAGGGAAUUUCAGGAAGAUCCGGAGAUGCUUAUGGAUCUCAUGUACAGAAUUGCCAAAGGAUAUCAGACAUCACCCGACUUGAGGCUGACUUGGCUGCAGAACAUGGCAGAGAAGCACACGAAGAGGAAGUGCUACACAGAAGCAGCUAUGUGUCUAGUCCAUGCUGCAGCUCUGGUGGCAGAAUACCUCAGCAUGCUUGAAGAUCGAAACUAUCUCCCAGUGGGCAGUGUCAGCUUUCAGAACAUUUCAUCCAAUGUGCUGGAAGAAUCUGCUGUUUCAGAUGAUGUUUUGUCUCCAGAUGAAGAUGGUAUAUGUUCUGGGAGGUAUUUCUCAGAAAGUGGCCUGGUAGGUCUGCUGGAAAAAGCAGCAGAGCUCUUCAGCACGGGGGGAUUGUAUGAAACUGUGAAUGAGGUGUACAAAAUCGUCAUCCCAAUACUGGAAGCACAUCGAGACUUCAGGAAGCUUACCUUGACACACAGCAAGCUACAGAAGGCCUUUGACAGCAUUAUUAAUAAGGGUCAAAAGCGAAUGUUUGGAACUUACUUCCGUGUUGGUUUCUAUGGAUCAAAAUUUGGGGACUUGGAUGAACAGGAAUUUGUUUAUAAGGAGCCUGCAAUUACCAAACUUCCUGAGAUUUCUCACAGAUUAGAGGGAUUUUACGGCCAGUGUUUUGGGGAGGAUGCUGUGGAAGUGAUUAAGGACUCUGCUCCUGUAGACAAAAGAAAGCUGGAUCCCAAUAAGGCAUACAUACAAAUUACUUUUGUGGAGCCAUAUUUUGAUGAGUAUGAGAUGAAAGACAGGGUAACCUAUUUUGAGAAGAACUUCAGCCUCUGUCGGUUCAUGUACACUACGCCUUUCACCAUGGAUGGGCGCCCCAGAGGAGAGCUUAGCGAGCAAUACAAGAGGAACACCAUCCUAACCACAAUGCAUGCUUUCCCCUAUAUCAAAACUAGAAUCAGUGUCAUCCAAAAAGAAGAGUUUAUUUUAACCCCAAUUGAAGUUGCCAUUGAAGAUAUGCAGAAAAAAACACAGGAACUAACUGCAGCCACCAACCAAGAACCACCAGAUGCCAAAAUGCUCCAGAUGGUUUUGCAGGGUUCAGUUGGAGCCACUGUAAAUCAGGGACCGCUAGAGGUAGCGCAAGUGUUCCUGGCUGAAAUUCCAGCAGACCCCAAACUUUAUCGCCAUCACAACAAGCUGAGGUUGUGUUUCAAAGAGUUUAUAAUGAGGUGUGGUGAAGCAGUGGAGAAAAACAAGCGCCUUAUUACUGCUGACCAGAGGGAAUAUCAGCUAGAGCUCGGAAAGAACUACAAGAAGCUGAAGGAGAGCCUUAGGCCCAUGAUUGAGAGGAAGAUCCCAGAGCUGUACAAACCUGUAGUGAAAGUCCAUAGCACAAG